ACAAAAAUGUUUAAAACUAAGAAGACUUUAUUUCAACCUCCGCGGAUUAAACAAACAAUCGGGGCCGUUGGUCUUCAAUCUUCUCCUAGCAAACAAUUCAUCGGAGCCAUUGGAAGUAAAACACCUACUGGAGCCACUGAUCGUCAAAUUCCUCGUAGCAAACAACUCAUCGGAGCCAUUGGAAGUAAAACACCUACCAGACCCGUUGAGAGUACUCAUACUACUGGAGCCAAUGAAAGUAAACAUUCUACCGGAGCCGUUGAACUGAAUGCAGGAGGCGGGGACAGGAAAAGGUUUACUCUGAAGGAACCAUUGCCCCUGAAUUCGAAACAGAAGCUUGAGCUUACUGCGGAUACUGAUGAUAUUUCAUCAAUUGGAUCUGAAGGAUCUCAAGGUUCGGAGAUCUCCGAUGAUAUCGGAUCGAAACCUGCCUGGCUCGUCAAGAUUCUGAAGAGUAGGAAAUCAAGACAAGAUCAGUCAAUGAGUUCGGAACUCUCUAGUUCUCAAGAAUCCUGCCAGGAUUCUGUCAACUCUGAGAACGAGGUUUCAAGUCAAGGCUCUCUUGGUUCAAAGAAACAAGAAUCAAGGGUUGUAUCUCAUCUAAGAGUUGACUCCGGGAGCACGAUGGAAAGUCAGAACUUACUAGCAACAUCUAGUCCAGCGGAGAACCUAGGAUUUCCUUCUCAGUCUGGGGGUUUCAAGAGAUCCAAGUCCCAGACUAGUUUGUUGUCCCAAUCCUCGAACUGGAGCGGGUUUCUGGGACUAAGCUCAUCUCAGCCUACCCCCGCCCUAGGAUCAGCGUUUCUGCAUCAUGAUGAAAACCAAUCUGUGGAUGGUUCCGAGAAUUCGCAAUCUGUAUUGGACACCCAAUCCUCUCAAGAGAUAGGAAGCUUCAAGCUGAUGAAACGAAGUGUCUCCCAGUCCAGAUCUGUAUCCGGGUCCCUCAACAAACCCAAGAUAAAGAGGUCCAAGAGUUGUGCAAGUCUGGAGAAAGAGUCUCUGGUUCCAACCCGAAAGAAGUGUGUUCUCCCUCAACCUAAAAUACCAAGUUUGGAUCAUAUUCGAACUCUUGCUAAGGCUGCACGAAGCGCAACCUCCAGAAAGGUAUCAGAGAAGGACGUUGAGAAAAACACACCAGUGUCUAGUCAAUGCCUGGAGAAUUUCCUACUUGAAUCAGGGUCUAAUAUCUUCCAAGAUUCAAACCAAAUCGAGAAUGAUAGAUCUUUAGUGUUAGUAGACAUGAUAAACAUGGAAAACACCCCUCGUACAGAACCCCAGGAUCCUGGACUACCUCCUACCCCAACAAAGAUGAAUAUUAUUAAACCCAGGAAUUCUGAAGUCAUUGAUAGCUUCGAUUCGCUGAGUUUCCUGGGGAGGGAUUCGGUCACUACGAACCCUAAAACAGCAGCUCCAGACUCGGAAACUGAACCGGAGAGAGUUGAGCAAUCCACAGACCUGGAGAGUUUACAAAAGGAUAGUGAAGAUACUAAUAAAACUGCAAUGGGGCUACCCAGCAAGAUCCUAAACGGGAAACCGGAACCAGAAAAUGAGAAGGCUGAAAACAGCGGAAAAAGAGACCAUAACAUAGAUGACAAGGAUAGAUCUAACGAAAAGAACGGCGGAAUAAUUGAAAAGGAUGGCGGAGAUAAUAGGAAGGAUGGUGGUGAUAAUUAUAAGGUUGGUGGAGAGAAGAAGAAUGGCGGAGACAAUAAGAAGGUUGGCGGAGAUAAUAAGAAGAAAAGCGGAGAUAAUAAGAAGAAUAGCGGAGAUAAUAAGAAGAUUGGCGGAGAUAAGAAGAAUGGCGGAGAUAAGAAGAAUGGUGGAGAUAAGAAGAAUGGUGGAGAUAAAAAGAAGGAUGGCGGAGAUAAGAACAAAAUCCCUCUUGUCGAGAAGAAACCAAGAGGAAGGAAGCCAGGCCAGAAAACAGGUAUCAACAGCAGCCAAGGGACACAAGGUUCUGAGAAGCUAGAGAAAGAAUCAAAGAAGAAAAACACCCAGACCUCUCAACUAUCUUCUAAACCUGCUUCAGAUAUUAGUCGGCCAUCCAGCUCUCAGACCAGGAUUAGCAAUGUUCCUACCAGAAACAGUUCUAAAACAAGGGACGAUCUGUUGGAUCUGCAGAAGAGAAGGGAAGGGAUGAUGACCUGGGUUCUCUGUGAUGAUAAAAACUGUGGAAAAUGGAGACGGAUCCAAGAACAAGAUCCAACUGCUCUGCCACGUGUCUGGUACUGUAGGAACAACCCGGAUGAGAAGUACAACAGAUGUGAUAUUCCUGAAGAGGAGUGUGAUCCCAAACUUGAAAGUUUAUGGGUUGAGACCAGGUAUACGGCUGGUUCUUUGGUUUGGGCAAAAACUCCUGGUUGGCCCGCCUGGCCCGGGAUGGUCGACGAUGAUCCGGAUACAGGCGAUUUCUUCUGGACAGUUGGCAACAAGAUUAGCUAUGAGGUUCAGCCCGUCUCCUAUCAUGUUGUUUUCUUUGAUUCUCGUCGUCAGCCCAUCUCCCGUUCCUGGAUACAGACUCAACACUUAUCCAAAUUCUCAAAGGACAACGUCAAGGUUGAAAGUGUGACUGGAAGAGCCAAGAUUGCUGCGCAGAUAGGUUUAGAAGCUCUGGAGCUGGAUAUUCUUGAGAGAAGGAAGAAAUACUGCUUUGCAAACAGAUUCAAAGGACCAUGGGGACCCUCUUGGCUGGAUGAUAUAGACGUUGAGGUCACUGCUACUCCUGAACCCGUUAUCGAAAAGAAACAGAAGAAGGAGAAGAACCCGGAGAAGACACUGAAACCAAGACCCAGCUCAAGGUCUAACAGGGACAAGCGAGAUUCCUCAGAAGCUGAAAUUAUAUCCACUGAGCAAAUGAGGAAGAAAGGAAAGUUCAGUGAAACGGAAGCCUCAGACGGAGCCCCAGUUAAAGCAGCUGAGCCAAAUCUGCCCCCAACAAUGAAACCUGGUCCUAAUCAUGACGAUGGGAUUAAGGUGGUUGCUAAGAAAUCACUGGUUGAACCUGUUCAGGACAUGAAGAAAAGGAACCGUGCUCUGGUGUUUAGUGAUGGUUCAGGAUCAGAUUCAUCUGCAGAGUCAGACCAGGAAUCUUCUAGCACUAUUAAACCGAAGAAGAAGACAAGGAAAUCCAAGAAGAUGAAAACUGCUGGAAAGCCUAUGAAGAAGAUCUCUGAUUCUGGAAAGAGAGAUCUGAAGAUCAAUGAUAAUCCAAAGAAAAGAGAAAGCAGAUCUAUUAAGAUUAACUCUAACGAGGACCAGAUUGUUGUCUCUACAUCUAACAUUGACGAGACAGAAGAAACUAAACAGAAGAAUGAGGUUGAGUUUGUUCAACCUAUUCUCAUGGAACAGAUGAAAGAUGUUUUUAACAAGUCUAUGUAUACUCAGGAGAUGAGCAAUGUACUGAACAAGAGCAAGGAUUUAUCCUUCUCCUACGAUAUCCUGACAGAGAUGAAUGAGAUGAACGACAGCAAGUUCGGAGAAACUAUUCAGGGUAUUCUCAACCAUCUUUCCGAGGAGGAGGAGGAGGAAGAGAAGGAUGGGGAACCAUCUCAAGUUCUCCACCAGCUCACAGUACCUGUUGAAACUAGCACCCUGGAGCCUGAACUAGGAUUAGUUCCGGAGCUAAAGGAAACCACAGACAGGGUUGCAGAGAAUGAUGUUAUUCCUGUUUCCGUGGAGAUCCUCGCUACUCCGUCCAAGACGAGUCCCAGUGCUAAUAAUCACCUGGAUUCAGAUAUGUUUAGGAACUCGAAUUUCGUCCCUCCGUCUAUGGAGGAUCAGAUGAACUCGUCUGAUCUUAAAUUAACCAUCAACAAUAUGGACACAGACAGGGAUUCAAUGUAUGACAGUGUGUUGACAUCAACUCCUACCCAGAGAAAACUAGUCCUAGGAGAUCCGUCCACCAAGAUGUCUGAAUCUCCGGUUGCAAACACAUCCAUCCCAGCUCUUCCCCUCACUCCAAUCUCUAGGUUUGGAUUAGCUCAGGUUGGUUUAAAACCAAAAAAGUGCCAUGAUCAGGAGGUACCUGGAGAUGAGGAUAUUCAAGGUUAUGGAGACCUAGAUCUGGAUUUGGAUUCGGACAUAAAGUUGAAGCUGGGUGCUGAUGAGAGCAAGGAUUUCAGUGCUGACGAGAGUUUAGAUUUUGAAGUAUAAAAUAUCCUUUCAUCUUUAAAAUUAAAUUUAAAGUAUGAUGUGGAGUGUUUAUUGUAAACACUAUAAUAUAUGUAAAUUGUAAAUUCAAAUGUGAUUUAAGAGAUAACUAGUUGAAAAUUUCAAAUUGUUAGAAGAACUUUAGACAAUU